GCGCGAGCACUCGCGACGAUGCGCGGCGACCGCGCCACUCGCGACACGCGACACAACAAGGACUUCGAUAACUUAAAGUCGUCACUGAAAAAGGGGAGCAAGAGCAAGAAGCACCGGGUGGUGUUCGACGAGAGCGCCAACGAAUUUUUCGAGGCCGACUAUAUCAUCGUCGUCCGCGAUGACUGCCGGUACUCGAACAGCAAGAGGAGCGAGGAGUGCUGCGGGGCGUGCGAGCGGUUCCCGGAGCCGGAGCCGGGGGCGCUCAGCCCGCCGGAGGGUUACAAGGACAUGGGGCUGUUCAACCGGGACGGGACGCUGCGGGAGCAGGCGUGGUGGGAGGCGGGCGACGUGCUGCUGGUGGGCGAGCGCUCGGGGACGGUGUUCACGCCGCAGCACCUGCAGCUGCUGAGGAAGCUGCAGCGGGAGCGGAUGCUGCGAUCGGCUGUGUGUGCCGACUGCGACGCGCACCCGCCGCACCCGCCGCACCAGCCGCACCAGCCGCAUGAUAACCAGCUGUGCCCCGUGGAUAAAUAA